UUUAAUUAAGGUUCAAAUAUGGUUCAACGUUUGACGUACAGAAGAAGAUUGUGUUAUAAUACAGCUUCAAACAGAAGAAAAAUCUCCAAGACUCCUGGAGGAAGAUUAGUCUAUCUGUAUCCAAAAAAACCCGGAAGUGUUCCAAAAUGUGGUGAUUGUAAACAGAAACUAAGAGGAAUUACUCCAGCACGUCCUCGUAAACUGAUGUCUCUUUCCAAGAGGCACAAGACUGUAACCAGAACCUAUGGUGGUUCCAGAUGUGGAAAAUGUGUACGAAAUAGAAUCAUUAGAGCUUUCCUCAUUGAGGAACAGAAGAUUGUCGUGAAAGUACUGAAAGCCCAAGAGGCUGCAGCAAAACAACAGAAAAAGGCUCUAUAAUUAUGUAUACAUGAACUUUGAAUUAAAAAUUAUAAGUUUAAUGUA